UCUUUCAGUGUCCAAUGCUGUCAGCCGAGCGAGCCUCGGUCUUCCAGCUUGCGAUCGGCUUCUUCGGCUUUAUCAACGCGCUCAAUGCCUCACUGGAAAAUGCUGAGAAGUCGGCGACUCUCCAGCUCUACAUCAACACUCACUGGAUUACCACUAUCGUGCUCUUUGCUGGGAUUUCCCGACUAGUCAUGAUUAGAUCGUGGAUUGCAGAGAUAUUCGCAGUGUUUCUGCAGUUAUUGUGUCUGUGUAUCUCAGUGAAUGCCGUUAUUGCAGAUCUAUGGAAUUUAAGGGUUUUGUCGUAUCCAUCCAUCCGUAUCCAUCCAAAAUCAAACAUUACAUUGUUAACAGAAGAAACGCUAACUCAUGUAAAGACUUACAAUGGGAUUGAUUCACUUCUUUCACUGAUUGCAUUUAUUCUGGCUGCUUACAUAAUAUUCCUGCACUUCAACUCUUCUUCCAAUACCUACAGUCAACUGCCAUCGGUGAGGCUGCUCGGCAUGGGAACUGCCCUGGUUGCUCUGGGAGUAGUUCGUUUCUUUUGUUACCUUCGGGAAUUUUUUAUGCUUACUGGGCAAGAUCGUGUGCGAGACUUAUUUGCCAAUUACACUCUAGAUGAACCAGCUUGGAUCUUCACGCAGUUGACUCUCGGUAUUCUUUGCGUUCUGGCAGCUAGAGGUAGCAAGCUCAUGAGAGCGUUAGCUUUAUCCAUGGCCGCUGCAACUCUUAUGCCAUCUGUUUUCUAUUUGUGGCUCGAUUACAGAUGGUUGGCUUCUUCCCGUCUGUCAUAUGUAACAGAGUCAUUCCCACCUCAUUUGCAAGACUGGCAAGUGAUUGGUGUGAUAAUCUCCUUUCUGAACGUCGGAGUGGUCGCUGCUACUCUUCUUCAGCUAAUAACAAUGCAUUCGACUUGGCGUUCGUUAACUAUCGAUGAGAAGACCAAAGGAUUUUUCAUUGCCACUGCUGCUCUCUUCUUGCUACUUUCUUGCAGUACGAUAUCGCUUGACGUGUAUACAAUUUGGAAGGGGCUUUUCUACAGGCUUUUCCAAGGAGCCGAACAGAAAACUCCUUUCCUGACCGCUCUUACAGCCAUAUUUGCAAUGACCGCUUCAAUGUCGAAAUUUGCUCCUAUAGCACUUCCAGCAUGUGUUUGUCUCUCGCUUUACUCUCUCAAUUCGACAAUAUUUCAAAUGAUCUCGUAUCUCUAUCUAUCGUCAAAUAAAUAUUUUGGUGAUCAACUGUGCGAGCUUUUCUUCCCACCAUCUAGUCGAUGUUUUGUCUCAGUUACAAGAAGAGAGGCCAUUAUCCACUUCAUCCAGGUGCUGCUGGACUUCUUUGUGUUGAUACUGUCCAGUAUUUUGUGCAUAGUCGCAAUGCGUAUAUCCGUAAUGAUCAAAGGUUCAGGCAGUGGUGUCAAUCGCAAGUUGGAAUCUCCCAUUAGGUGGCUUGGGGUGCUGAUGGCUUUGUGUGGACUGGCGGUGUUGCUAGCGGCCCUAGCCUAUUUUGGAUUAUUAUCUUCUAAGGAUAAUAUUUACAAACAUCCAAUGGUCAUCGUCUAUGUGGCGCUCUAUCAUAUAGCUCUAGCUAUCGGCCUCAUUGUUUUCCCCCUCUAUCAGGUCAUCUGCUCAGAAAAGCUUGCUUUUCACCCCAUGUCUCAAACUACGCUCUUGAUUAUGUCUGUUGUUCGAUUCGUGGAGAUUCUGACUCAACUAGAUUAUCGAGGAACCGGUGACGAGCUCUCGGCUGACUGGAAGGUCCACCACAUAGCUGAAUUCAUUGCGAUGGGAAGUCAUUUUGCAACUGCCGUGUUGACGAUCCGACUAAUGGGGAAUAGCAUAGAAGAGCCAGACGCAGACGAACUUCGAUUCAAUAAUCCAUUAACUUUGGAAGCGAGCGGAGACUAUUUACAACUUAGGCAUCAAGAAGAAACCUAAAAAAUGAAAAUAUGGUGUUUAUGAAUCUAUUUGUAUAAAAUUUCGUCUUUUUCCUAUUCAAUGGGAAUCAAAAAGUAAAU